CUGGGUUUACAUAUAUCCGAGGUUUCGAAGCGGAUCGGGGGAGGUCGGCGCCGGCGGCGAGCUGAGAUCGCGACGCUGACACGGUUGAGAACGCCUCGACGCGUUGUAAGUGAGUAGGUGGUAUGGUGGCAACGGAGGCGGGGGCGCGGGCCGGCGGCAAGGCGGCGGACGACGUCGAGGCGCUUGCCGGCUGUGGAGGGGACGCCGAUCGCAGAAAGGAACCAGCAUGGAAAAGGUUUUUGCGCCACAUUGGACCAGGCUUUAUGGUCUGUUUGGCUUACAUUGAUCCUGGAAAUCUGGAAACUGAUCUACAAGCCGGUGCCAAUCACAAAUAUGAGCUUCUUUGGGUCAUUUUGAUUGGACUGAUCUUCGCACUGAUUAUACAAUCAUUAUCAGCAAAUCUUGGGGUGGUGACAGGGCGUCAUCUUGCUGAGCUGUGCAAGACAGAAUAUCCAGUAUGGGUGAAAACCUGCCUAUGGCUGUUAGCAGAACUAGCUGUGAUUGCUUCCGAUAUUCCAGAAGUUAUAGGAACAGGGUUUGCUUUCAACCUUUUGUUCCACAUACCAGUGUGGAGCGGUGUUCUCAUUGCUGGCUCCAGCACGCUGCUUCUUCUUGGACUGCAAAGAUAUGGGGUAAGAAAUCUGGAGGUUGUGGUCGCUCUACUCGUGUUCACCAUGGCAGCGUGCUUCUUUGUAGAGAUGAGCAUAGUUAAGCCUCCAGUUAAGGAGGUCCUUCAUGGAUUAUUCAUCCCCGGGCUUAGUGGACCUGGUGCCACUGGAGACUCCAUUGCCCUUCUUGGGGCUCUUGUAAUGCCGCACAAUCUAUUCUUGCAUUCUGCCCUGGUGCUGUCGAGGAACACACCCGCAUCAGCAAAAGGAAUGAAGGAUGCUUGCAGGUUCUUCCUCUUUGAGAGUGGGAUAGCGCUUUUCGUGGCUCUGCUUGUCAACAUUGCAGUCAUCUCUGUCUCUGGCACUGUAUGUAAUGCAACAAACCUUUCACCAGACGAUGCUGCAAAAUGCGGUGACCUAACCUUGGACUCCUCAUCCUUCCUCCUCAGGAAUGUGCUAGGAAAGUCUAGUGCAACCGUGUACGGUAUAGCACUCUUGGCUUCUGGGCAGAGCUCGACCAUUACUGGCACUUAUGCUGGGCAAUAUGUUAUGCAGGGGUUCCUAGACAUCAAAAUGAAACAGUGGCUUCGGAACCUGAUGACACGCAGCAUUGCCAUUGUGCCUAGCUUAAUCGUCUCCAUCAUUGGAGGAUCCAGCGGUGCUGGUCGUCUCAUCAUCAUUGCAUCGAUGAUACUAUCCUUUGAGCUACCAUUUGCUCUCAUCCCUCUUCUCAAGUUCAGCAGCAGCAGCAACAAGAUGGGAGAAAACAAGAACUCCAUUUACAUUGUUGGCUUCUCCUGGGUGCUCGGGUUCAUCAUUAUCGGGAUAAACAUCUACUUCCUCAGCACAAAGCUGGUCGGCUGGAUCCUCCACAACGCGCUCCCGACAUACGCCAACGUGCUCAUCGGCAUCGUCUUGUUCCCGCUCAUGCUGCUCUACGUCGCUGCCGUGAUCUACCUGACGCUCAGGAAGGACACUGUCAAGUUCGUGUCUCGUCGUGAGCUGCAGGCCGGCGACACCGAGAAAGGACAGGUCGCCGACGACGUCGGCAACGAGGACAGCAAAGAGCCGCCCGUGUAAGCAGAUUUUUAUUGGGUAGAUAGAAAGUUUAGGUACAAAAUUUUUUUAAUUCAACAACUGGUUACCAGUGAUUACCGACUGGAACUUUGAGCCAUGGUAGUAGAUUGAUGCCUAUGUCUUAGUGAUUUGACAGAAUGGCGUAGGCAACUAAUUGUAUGGUUAGAUAUUUAGUCACAAAUCCGAGAAUGAGCUUCCUUGGAUGAAAGGGCAAGGACAAAGAACUCAAUCGACACUGUUAUGCCAGUCAUACAAAAGUUGCCUUGUAUACAAAAUUUUGAUUAGAAGUUGAAAUAAUAAUCAAGAGUGAACUUUUUCAAUA